AUGGCUGACUUUUCAGCCCUUCUUGUCACAUACGACCUUUUUGCCUUAAAUACUUGGAGCAGACCUGCUGACAAGAAGCUGCCCUCCACCUUCAAAUUUCAGGAUGCUGAGUCUCAGAUUGACUUCAUUCUAACCCGAAGGGCGGAUGCCACUGCUCAGGCUCGUCGGGCUCGAGCUUGGCGGAAUUUCCAUGUGGGAGCCUCGAGACACAGUGGGGCCAUUCACUUUCCAUUGCAAGCUUUACUGGCUCUUCGCUGUCCUCACUGGGUGAGACAGCCAACCCAGGCUAGGCCGUGCAUAGAUCGUGAAACCCUCCUUGCUGCACUGGACCAGCCAACAGACCCGCAACAUCUUACUCAGAUUGCCUCUGUUCGACAGGCGAUGGCCCACCACAUGGCCACCACUCCUGGCAUUCAGGGCGUGAGCACCUUACAUCACGCCUUGUUUCGCGUGUGCGCUGACAAUUUUCCGGCACAGAAGCAACACCGUGCUCUCAACCCUUGGCAAACCCCAGAGGUACAGCAAGGGAUCAAAACCAUGUGGGAGCAAUGGCGUGCCUUCAAAAAGAUUCGUAAAAAUGGCCUACGAGGCUGGUUCGCAGCCUGGAAAGCCUGGAAGUCCUUCGAUCGACACUACCGAGCUCACCAGUUGCGAUGCCGCCAGGCCCGACGUGCCAAGUUACUUCAUGCCAUGGACGAUGCCCAGGAUUGUGCACGUCGCCAUGAUUCGCGAGGCCUCUACCAAAUCGUCAAGCGAAUUGCACCCAAGCAGCCGUUCAAGCGGCUCCAGCUCCGGGACUCAAAGGGACUCAUGCUAACAUCGUCGGCAGAGGUGGACAUGCUACAGACCCACUUUCAAGAGAGAUUCCAAGCUGCCCCGCAGGACCCUGCCUUCGCCAUCAACCUUGCAGGAAAGCAGUACCGGCUCAACACCCUCCUAGUGCCGCCUGGUAGCAAGCCAGGCGACUAUAGGAACUUGCAUCAUCAGCAUGCAGGAUCCAAGUCCACCCCAUUGUUUGGCAGUCUCAUGAUCACGGUGGACCUCUCCCAGGCAUUCGACAAGAUGCCAAGAGAACUGCUUCACCAGGGAAUGGUGGAUCUGCAACUGCCAGCCGACCUGAUUGCUAUUAUCAUGGCAUGGCAUGCGCAUAUCCACUACACCAUCCACCACUCUGGUGAAAGUCGCUCCUUUGCUGCCACCCAAGGCAUUCGCCAAGGCUGCUCUGCCUCCCCACUCUUGUGGCUCAUCUUCUCACACGCCAUUAGCAGCAGGCUGGAAGGCUAUCUCAACUACGAGCGCCUCUGUGCCAUGCUUACCAUUUUCGCUGAUGACUACCACAUGGCGGGCACCCUUACGACCCUCUACGAGUUUGAACAACUACUCAGUUGUAUCACAGCUCUUUUUAAGGUGCUCAAAGCCUUUGGCAUGGCUGUGAGCGAUGCCAAAUCACAGGCCAUCCUGGCCCUCAGGGGGACUCAGAGCUCCACUAUCCGUCGCAAGUAUGUCUGCAAAGGCGCUGAUGGCCCCAUCCUUCGCAUCCCACUCUUAAGUGGCAGCCUCAAAAUACCAAUGGUGCAACAGUUCAAGUACUUAGGCACACAAGUGAAUUACAAUGCUUUUGAGAAUGCAACCCUCGAAUUCAGGUUGCAGAAAGGCGAUGCUGUUUAUCGCCGACUCAGCACUGUCCUGAGGGGGAAGCACUACUUGAGUAGCGUGCAGAGGCUGCACUUGUGGCGAGCAUGCAUCUGGACGACCAUCUCCUACGGAUUGGUCACCUGCGGCAUUACCCCAGCCGGGCACAAGCUGUUGGAAACCAAAAUCGUGCGGCAGAUACGAGCCAUUCUCAGGCUACCUGCACAUCUGACGUUUACGACAAACGCUGACGUUAUGCAGCAGGUCUUCGGGAACCUGGCUCAGAACAGCCUUCACAGCUUCGGGGAAGCUCUGUUUGGUGCCGAGAAUCCAGUCCCAGGGGCAGAACUGCCACCCAAGGCACCGAAGCUCGAGCUUACAUCAGGCAAGCGCCAAAGACCCUCCGACAGUGCAGGCUCUCAUGGCUCCCAAGGUCAGGGGAGCCAAAAAGGAAGGGGCAAGGGCAACAAGCAGCAGCCCCAGCUUCAGGCUCUGGUUCAUGCGAUGGGGCGCUUGAUCAUAAGGCAGGAGACGCAACUGCAGAUCCUCAAGCAGAAUUCUGCGUGGACACUCUACUUGAAGCCGGGCCCCUCAGGCCCAGUGAGCCUCCUCCACCAGACUGCGGAGAAGUACCGGGAGGAAGCCAAAACCAAAUUCAUGGAGGUCCCGGUGCGAGCGAUUCUGCUUCACACAUUGUUCCAGGCCUUGAUGGGCUCUCUACAAGGAAUCAGCAGCAGUUCGGAGAAACAGCAAAUCCUGAAGGACAAAGGCUGGCUCAACUCAGAGGGCAACUGGAACUAUCAGAAGUGGGACGGGGAGCAGCAGGUGCUGGUGAUAGACGAGGCGCGGACACCGGUGGGCCACCAGGAGCUGAUCGGCAAAGUCGGUCAACUCUCAGAAAUCGUUCUGAGCAAGGAUGUCAUUCACAGGUUCAAUGCGACGCAUUCUUUGUCGCCAGCCAAGACGGGAACAAGCACCUUUCUUCUCGAAGUGGGACUGAGGGCAGCUGGCGUGGAGACUGCAUGGGCCACCCUGGAGAUGAUCUCAGGCCUUUCGGCACUCCAGGUGAUCGGACUUCAAGUCCGUCGAGAGGGCCUCCGCCGUGGGGGCCUUGCCAACGAGGUUCAGAGGCUUAUGACUGCUCCUGAAUAUCAGCUUUUUGGCACCAAGAUCCAGGCCACUUGGGAGGCACGAUGGGAAACUGAGCAGGGUAUUGUCUGUCAGGACUGCAUCAACGACUGGAGUCUACAAGCCAGGUACCGCUGCCGGGGAACCUUGACGUUCAAGGAUCGUCAAGCUUUGGCCAUCCCGACCGAAGUUACCAUUCCCAUUUUCGGCAAAGACCUUCGCCGUCGCCUGCAGCAAGCCCUGCGCGUGGACUACCUCAUUGUCUUUCCAACAUCACUUGGUCUAGAAGCAGCCAUCGUGCUUGCGGAGACCAGCCAAAAGGGAUUGGAGACGGUCUCGGUAGAGGCAACCUCCACAUGGCUGAAGGAAGAAGUCGCUCAGGUGGAGGCUUUGCAAAGCUUGGAGGUUGCCGUGGCAACCAAAAGUGUCGCUCUAAGCUUAUCAUCCGAAGCACAGCAGUUAAUGCCGGAAAGCACUGCCGAUGGCAUGGCGAUUCGGGUCGUCGUCGGGUCCGUCGCGAUUCUCUUUCCGGCCUGCCUCCUCGUGCUCUCUUGGAGGUGUGGGAAGCGGCUGGUGCGAAGUGCAGCUAUUUCGCAAUCUGCUGACUUCAAACUGGCCGUGGAGGUUUACCCGGAAGUCGACAUCCAGGAUAUCCGACGGUCAAGCCUUAUGGACGACGAAGACUUCCGGUUGUCUGGAGGUGUGGAAGAGACUCCUAAUCAGGAUCUUGAGUGUCCGGCAUUGGCAAUAAAACCAAAGCGCUUGGUGCCAAAAGGCCGCGUCGCGAAGAAAGCCUUGGCUGUAGCAGUCCUGGCAGAGACGGCCAAUGAAAAGACAAAGGGGCAGAAAGCCAAGCGCCUGGUCCCCAAGCAAAGGAAGGCCAAGAAGCAGCCAGAAGCCAUUGCCGAUGCCACUGAGCCGAGUGAGAUCCAGAUCAGCUUCGAGCCAGCAUCCCAGAGCGAAAUUUCCAGGUUCGAUGACGACAACCUGCUGGAGCCGCCCUCUUCCUGGCUGACCGACGAGGAGGAGGAGGAGACGGAGGAGAUGGCCAUUUCCGGUGCGCUGGACUUGCAGCCGUCGCCCUUGGAGUCGGAGAGAGAGGUAAGUACCAGAGUUAAUGCCGAGUCAGCGCCGCCGAAGCCCAAGAAGGUGAGAAAGCGAGCUGUGGCCAGAAAAGCAAAGAAAGCUGCAGCCGCAGAGGAGGCACUCUUUGAGGGAUCGGAGGACGAGGUGGUGUCGGCACCAUCUUUGCCGUGGGAAGAGUUCAAGGAUUCUUCCGUUAAUGCCCGCGCUCAGGUCGUGGCCAACAAAGAUGACCCCCAUGAAACAUGGGAGAUGCAGUCCGACUUGCGGAGAAACUUUGAAAUUCGAGCCGCUCGGCUGCUUGAUGGCGAGCUAGACAUGGUAGGCAGCACUACACUCAGAGCAGUCGCCUUCAUCCUCGGGGAGGAUCCGGCAGGUUCCGAGCCGGAGGGUCUCACACUGCGCGAAAGUGCUGCCCAGGUACGUGCGGCUGCAGCUGCCGGUCGUGAGGCGGACGUGGCGGCGGCCGUCUUCCGGCUAGCCCAGCAGAGCCUGGUGCCUCCCUUCAGUGCGGAUUCAGCAGAGUUCGCUGCCGCCGCAUGCGCUGCUGUGGCUGGUUUGUCUGAACCGGAUCUACUUGGAAAGGAGAUCGGGCGCUCUCACAUCUUGCGAGUGCUGGAGGAACUGGCCAGACAUGUUGAGACGUACCAGCCGUUCGUCUUCAGCUUCUUGUCGCGGACGGGGUACGGCCGGAUCGCAGGUCUCGACGAGGUCGCCCGGCGGAUGCAGGCCGCUCUCUCUUCCAGCUCUGUUUGGCUUCUUGCAGCCUUUUGCCGAGCAGUUGGGUUUCGCUGCUUCUCUUCAGAGAUUCUUUGGGAAUGGGCAAACGGCGAUCCGCUGUUCAUAGGGCUCCUGGUCCGAAACACCCUGACGCUGGAAGCGCUUUCUCUGCCCGAGACACCGCUUCAGAGCCUGCUGAUUCCAAAGGAUUUGAAGGCUCUGCAGACGGCGGUUCUCCAGGCCUUCCUUGGACUCACCCGACCUGACAUCGCCUUUGCGGAGGUGAUUCCGAGGCGUGUGGAGCCUCAUGGAACGCUCGAGGUGCCAGCACCCGCUCUUCAGUUUGCGCGUCACUGGUCGCGCUUGGCAGUCGCAACCACAGAGACGGGACUCGUUCCUCUGCUUCUCACCGCAACAGAAGGUGCUGUGUAUGAAACAAAAUUGCUGUUGUCAGCAUUUUUGGGAAGAUUGCUGAAUGCGGCCUUGCAGGAUCCAGGGGUCCACGAAGGCGGCGAAGAAUUACUCCAGGCAUGCCAUGUCGCCGCAGCUCAUCUCCGUGAUGUCUUGAAUCACGUCUGCCAUGCGGACAGGCUCUGGAAGAUUUUGUGCGACACUUUGCUGGAGACUGGGCUUGUGCGUAGCUUCCUGCGUGAUUGCUCGGAGCUGGCCCUGGCCACGCCCGGGCAAAACGUGGCUGCUUUCUUGCGAACGGCAGCUCUGCAGGAGGACAUAGACCUAGCUGCCAUGCCGGUGCUCUGCUGCAUCGCGGCCAACGCUCACCUGGUACCCUUACAGGUCGCCGAGUUCACGACGCGCUUGCUGGAGCUUGAUGACAAGGAGCAGUGCAUUGUGGCCCGGGAGCUUGAAGGAUGGAGGGGGCCAGUGGUGUCGGAUACGAAGGCUGCAUGGUUGGCGCUGUUGCGUGCAGUCCCGGCACCUCCCGUGGAUGCACCUCCAGCUCCACCACCCACGCCGCUGCCGCCGCAGACGCCUCAGCGGCGGGCGCUGGCCAUGGGCGGUCUGGAGGAGCUUUUCGUGGAAGCGCCGGCGAAUAUGUCCUGUGCGUUGGACGGCCUGCUUCUCACCGACCCUGUGAUCUCUCCGCAUGGACAUGUCUUCGACCAUGCCUCCCUGGCUGCUGCUCUGGCGCAGAACGGUGGGCUCUGCCCGUUCACGGGUAACCCCCUCAGGGUGGACAUGUGCAUACCUGACGCGGACCUGCGCAGUUCUUGUUCCCGCCGCAUCAAAAGCUGGGCUCGGGCCAUGCUGCAGGGAACAGCUUCCGAGUGCUUAGAUCAAAAGGCAAGCCAGUCGGGCAAGGCAUAUGCUUUUCAGAGUGAGAGAGAGUGCGAGAGAGAGCUUUGGCGCCGAAAUCUGGGCUGA